AUGAAGAACAGCGACAUCCAUUAUCACCUCAACGGCGAUAUUCUAAUUUUUGCAAAAGACACUUGCUUUUGUGUUCACAAAAUCAUAUUAGAAAUGGCUUCGCCAGCUUUGUUGGAUAAGCUAGAAGAAGGAUAUGACCUUCCGACAAUAAACUUACCUGAUGAAAAUUCAUCAACGAUUGACAUCGCCCUCUCGAUAAUUUAUCCUCGUCAUUUCAUCAUGCCUAUUUGGUCAAAUGUUGAGGCACUUUUACAUUUUGCGGAUAAGUAUACAAUAUGUAAAGUUUAUGUUGCGGGUAUAGCUUUUCUCGAUCAAAACUUCAAACAAAAACCGGAGUAUGCUUUAUAUUUGGCGAAUAAAUAUCAACUUUCUUUCUUAUUCACGGAAACUUCCAAGUUGAUUCUUGAUCAAUUUCCCACAUAUGAGUAUGCCCCCGCGUUAAAAAGGCUUCCUCGUGAAGUGUAUUCAAUGCUUGAAACUAGGUAUUUAAAAUACAUGCAUGACUUUGCGAGGCUAUCAAUCCAUUUCUUCCUUUCAACAUAUAAACACCGUUGUGGAAAGGUUGCGCUACAUAACAAGGAAUUGACGCAAGAGAUUGAAAAGCGCAUCCUGAUAAUUGUGGAGAAACCUAUCAAACCUCCUUCAACAGUUUGGGAUAUUAUGCAUGAACACAUCAAUGUGGCCGAUAAUAUAGAAUGUCACAAGGGUUUUAUGAAGCAUCUUGAUGAAAGGUUCAAAAGCAUCUUUGGUAAAUUUGAACCUUUGAAUUCUGUUGAAGGCGGCCGUUACAUUUCCAUCUCUAGAAGAUGGAAAUGA